ACCAAAAUUCACGGCGCAUUCUACCAUUACAAGAUGUUCUAAAGGUCUAGAAGACCAUUUUCUAAUGGAAUUACAGACGCCAACACCACAUAUAACAAGAUGACAACGGCAUUGUCUGCGCAACUUGCGCAGAUUGCUGCGAAUUCGAAAUCAACACUUGAUGUAAAAGCGCAGAAAGCCGCCCAUUCAAAGUCGUUGAUCUUCGAGCCUCGAGUUGCCGCGUCGCAAAACUUCCAGACUUUAUAUGGUAUCUGUCGCCAAGGAUACGAGGAAUUAUGCCAAUUAGAUUCUCGAUUUGUCCCUUAUGGGACGACGAUAUUCAGCGAACAGAGCCAAGACGAAGAUAGGGGGCAGAUGACUGCUGCCGAAAAUGAAGAGCUUAACAAGAAGAUCGAAUCUUUCCUCCGUCUCGCGGGUGCGCGAUUGAGACUGAUGCCAACUAUCAAGGCUAUAGAAUGGCUCAUCAGGAGGUUUAGGAUCCACGAAUACAACACUGCUAUACUUAUCUCGACUUUUCUACCAUAUCAUACCAUACCGGCGUUCGUGACACUCUUAUCUAUCCUCCCCAGCGACCUACCACAUGUAUACAAAUUCUUAAACCCGUACAUACAAUCCUUAACCCAACUUCCAAGAUCUAUACUUGUCCACCAAGCUAUACACCAUCCCGAAUUCCUCAGUACCCUCUCGACAUAUACGUUAGAUGCCUGCAAGAAUCAGCAGCACUACCCUGCUCUUAUAUCGUUCUGGGGUGGUAUCGUGACCGAAGCAGUGAAUGGGAUGUUAGACAGAAUGCGAUCCGGCCGUCGUACUAUCCAACGAAGCAACGACCAAACUCUAUUACACCAAAUAGGACCAACUCUCGGUGAUGCUUUGGUCAUGCACAAGGUUCCUGGUCUGCAAAUAGCUUGCUAUAUGGUGAUCUCCGUGUUCGUUGCAAAGGGCGAUCUUGAUGAUGCCGCUAUCAGUGCCUUGAUGGAGCAGCUUGUAGCUGGAUGGACAGCCGAGUCUCUGCGCCCCGGUCUUGUAUGCCUCUCGAUUCUGGCCCAGUACCGUUCCGCGAAGCAAAUGUCUGGAAAAGUAACAAGGGCACUGCUUAAGGUACCCAAUCUUUCUGACCUUCUUGUUGAGAUUGGAAGAGAGCAUAACAUCGGGAAACUAGCAAACGGUCUCUCUCUAGCCUUGGUGGAAAGGGCGCACAAGAAAGGUGAUAUAAAGGGCUUAUCAGUGGUUGAAUCGCUUCUCUUGGGAUCAAUUCUCAAUGAUCAACAGUCAACGGUUGUUUUCAAGAGUUUAUUACUAGCAGCUCACAAAGUUGAGGAUAAAGUGGACGUGCAAGGAGAAGUGCGAAAAGCUCUCGCAUCUAUAAUCAUCAAGCUUUCGCAGUUGAAUACAGAUGCUGGGAAGCUCUUUACCCGAGCGAUUGACGAAACCGAAAUCGAUGUGGAUACCUUGGAACUGAGACUCGGAAUUGACCUACGGCCGAACCUAGCCAUAAUAGAGCCCGAACCAGAUGUCCCUAUGGCGGAUAAUGAGCCUACGACAACGGCAGUAGACACAUUCCUGUCUGCUCUUCAGCGAGUUAGCGGCAUCACCACCUCGCCGUCAGAUUCAUGUCUUCGAGCCGAUUCAUCGAACGCGUUCGCUGAUAUCUGUUCUGUUUUCCUUUUUAGUGUUGCAGAGCCUGAUAAUCUCAGGUCUUUCGACAAACUUCCGCCUCUCCAGUAUAGCUCAGCGAGUGAAACGCCUUUUUACUUUACGUUCCUCGUACGAAUCUGGUGUGGUCCCUAUCCAACUUUAACUCGUGUUGCUGCUCUGGAUUUGGCAAAACAGCGUUUAAAAGAAGCUGACUGCAAGGCCGUUGAUUUCCAAGCUCUUUUGCCAUACAGCUUUGCAGCGCUAAAUGAUCCAUCAAAAAAGGUUCGACGAGCUGCCGCAGACCUGAUAGCCGUCUUAGAAACCUCUUUCUCAGAAUUGGACAAGAAAUCUGAGGACCAUGGCCGAUGGGCCAGUAACCAUUUAUACACCAGCGCUGAUUCGUUGGAAUGGAUGCCCACAAAUAUUUCCCAUAAAUUAUUGCGGAAUGUCGUUACCCCUAGCCUUGAGGAAUGCGUUCUAAAUGCCGAUUAUAUUAUCGAAGUCUUACAAAGCGCCUUAAAUGGUGGUUCGAAAACUAAUGCUGAUCAGGACAAGGAUAAGAAGAGCCAUCUUUCUCACGGAACGCGACGCUCUAUUUUAACCUUCCUCGCUUCCCAUAUAAUCUACACCCCGCUUUUACUCCUGAAAAUUCGCCUUCUCGCCUCAUUAAAUCAGGUCAAGGGGGUAUCGGGUACUACUCGUACUGAACUACUUUUACCCUUACUGAAAUGGUGGUCAUCGUUGUCUUCCGACGAGGCUACCCGCCUCUGCGCCGAAGAAAAAGUCGAAGAGGCAGCUUUGGAUGAAAGCAUCGCCCAAAUAGUGCUUCCCAAUGACAAGAGUGGCCUAGAGUUCUCAUUGAAUGUCGUGGGAACUCAGCAACUUGUAAUAAGACCUAAUCUUCUUCAUGUCAUCUUCUCGCGCAUCCAGAAUCUAUGGCCAAUCAUGAAGACCGAGGCGAGGUACCUAGUCUCCAAGCGGAUGCUUGAGCUAUCACAAAAAGACCCGUCUAGUGAUGGUGGAGCUGUUUCUAGCGAGGCUGGUAAUCUCUUAAGAAACAUUGAACUGUCGACGGAUAUACUCCUAUUCUUCCUCGAGUCUUUACAACCUGCGGCAAAGAUGGCUACGGAACCACCGUCAGGCAAACGUAGGAGAACAAGUUCCUCGGAAGCUCACCGUGGGUUCGGCACACAACCAACGCCAGAAUUGACUGCGAUGCUAAGACAAGUGACGUUUGUGUUGCAAUUGGUCGAAGGAUCUGAUCCUGAAAAACACCCGGAGUUGCUCAAUGCGCUAUUCAACGCUCUAUCCGAACUUCAACAUUUUAGAGUGUUGGUUGGUUCGGAGCUCGGGUAUCUUCAAAACCUCAUUCUUCGAAGUCUGUUGGCUAUGGUUCCUGCAUACAAGAACAACCAGUCUCUCAAGAUUGACAGCACAGGCGGGCAUGGCGACCUCCUUGUUAACUGCAUCCAGAAAUCCUCUAGCCCCUCUGUACAAAACACCGCACUACUUCUUGUCGCAAGGUUAGCGAAUGUUGCUCCCGAUUUGGUGCUCAACAGCGUGAUGCCCAUUUUCACGCAUAUGGGGGGCUCGGUGCUUCGGCAAGGUGAUGAUUACUCGGCCCACGUAGUCAAUCAGACGGUCAAAGAAGUUGUACCGCCGCUUAUCCAAUCACUUCGAAAGGGUAAGAUCAGUCCACUGGCAGGAGCUUCUGAGCUUUUGCUCAGUUUUGUGACCGCAUAUGAGCAUAUACCAUCGCAUCGAAGGCUUGGCCUCUUCGUGUCUUUAGUGGAAACACUAGGUGCCGAGGAGUUUCUUUUCGCACUCUUGGCUAUGCUUACACAUAUGUACGGCAUUACCGACCAGGUAUUGUCGUUUGCUACUGAAGUUUUCAACCACUUCACCGUCGAAAUUCAGCUCCAGUCCUUGAUCAAACAUUUUGAUCUUAUUGGCGAUGUCUUCCAGCCGAGACCUAGCCUAUCUUCCGUUCUCCUUGGCACCAACGAGCAAGUUGAUCGAGAUCCUCAGAAGAUUGGAUUCCGUCAAUUAAGCUUGAUUCCCCAACUUCUAUCUAGCAAGAAAUUGAUGUCGCAAAUCGCCAAGCUAACUGAACGAGAUGAUAUGGAAGCCUCAAAAGUCCGUGAGCUUUAUUCGACGCUACUAGAAAAUCUCCUAGUUCUGGCGGACUCCUUAAAACAACAAAAGAAUCUCUACAACCGCUGCGGCGAUGCGCUUUCGAAGCUUCUAAACCUCCUCUCUAUUGGAGAGUUUAUUAAAGCAGUUGAAACACUCUUGGAUAAGCCCGAUGUUGUCUUACGUCGGAAGGUUCUACGAGCCGUUGAGGUCCGAAUCGAUGAAGAGAGCCAGGCAGAUGCCACUUCUAGAACGGCUCUACUUGCGUUCUUGCCACACCUAACGGCCAUUAUAAGGGUAUCUGACGAUAUGGCUUACAAACACAUAGCUGUAGGCUGUGUAGACAAGAUAUCCGAAAAGUAUGGCAAGAAGGAUCCAGAAACCGUUACCGCGGCCGCCUCGAUCAUUGCUAGCGAUAAGUGCUUAGGUCAAGAUGACACUCAACUUCGCAUUAUGGCGUUGCUCUGCCUGGCUUCCUUGGUUGACGUACUACAAGAUGGCAUUGUACCUGUUCUACCUUCUGCUAUUCCAAAGGCGCUUGCGUAUGUAGCAGAAAGCAUUAAAAGCGAAACUCCAGGAGUGGAGCUCCAUAAUGCCAGUUAUGCAUUCAUCGCUGCAUUAGCACAGUAUCUCCCUUAUAUGCUGUCUGGAUCCUAUUUGGGGCAACUCUUGGCAGUUUCUGGUGCAUCUGCAAAUUCUAGCCUAGGCAGCGAUGCCAACGACGCGAGAGUACAGUGUCUACGACUACUUGCCAAGCAGGUGGACGCGAAAACGCUGUUUUCCGCCCUAGACCAGAACUGGGUCACAGCCACAGACUCAGGUUCCAUUGCCACACGAGAGUAUCUUGACGUCCUUGGCAUCGCAAUCGACAAGCAUUAUAAGGCAGACAUUUCUAAGAAUGUUGCUACCCUUUCAACCAUAUUCCUCAACACCUUCGAUCUUUCUCGGCUGCUACAUUCUAAGGGCGCUAUUAACGACGACUUCGCUAGACAAUUACCUCGCAUCAAAGAAACGACUAAUGAAGUAGCGCUAAAGAUGAUAUACAAACUCAAUGAUGCCGCCUUCCGUCCUAUCUUCUCGCAACUAAUGGAGUGGACUAUUUCAUUACCGAAAAAGGAUACCGAAGGCAGAAAUCUUCGACUUCUCAGUGUUUACGGGUUUUUGCUCACUUUCUUCGGAAAUCUCAAGUCUAUUGUCACUAGCUACGCCUCUUACAUCAUUGACAGUGCUGUUGAGGUUCUCCGUACAGUAGAUCCGAAGAAACCUGUGCAACACGAGCUUUGGCAGAAGGUUCUACAAACUCUCGCCAAGAGUUUUGAGCAUGAUCAGGACGAUUUCUGGCAAGCCCCGGCCCACUUUGGCGCCAUAGCACCCGUCCUUACCUCCCAAUUUUCCCACGCUUCUUCUAUUAAAUUUGACUUGACGCAUGAUCUUGUACCUACAAUCGUGGAACUAGCUGCCGCUGCCGACUCCCAAGAGCACCAGAAAGAAUUAAACGGUGCUCUACUAAAGCAUCUGCGUUCGGAACACACAGCCGUUCGUCUUGCGGUUGUAAAAUGCGAGCAAGCCCUCGCAAGCAGGCUGGGUGAGGAGUGGCUGGCUAUGCUACCGGAAAUGCUCCCGUACAUAAGCGAGCUGCAAGAUGACGACGACGAAGACGUGGAGAGGGAGACAAAUCGCUGGAUUGUAGCGAUAGAAGGCGUUUUGGGUGAGAGCUUGGACGCUAUGUUACAGUAAGAUACUAGAUAGAAUUGGGCUAAAUAAAAAGCAAAAUGUAUUGUACAACCACACUUUGUUCAAGUGGCUUGAGUGAUUUUUUUUCAUCCCCACCGAUAUGCUGUCGGGGCCCGUCC